AUGAGACCUCAGUUCCAGAAGGUUUGGUGGAAGAAGAUUACAGCAGGAUCGAAAGCAAUACCAAAGCAUAGAUUCAUACUUUGGUUAGCAGUUCACAGGAAACUAGCCACAGUGGACAGGCUAAGAAGAUGGGGAAAUAUAGUUGACAAUGAAUGUGUAUUAUGUGAUACAAAUGAGGAAGAAUCAAUGGAGCACAUAUGGUUUGGAUGCAGAUAUGCCAAAACAAUAUGGUACACCCUGGUUAAUUGGCUGAAUGAAAAACAUCAGAUUGGUACGUGGGAUGAUGAAAUUAAAUGGCUGACAAGCAGAAAUCCAAGCAGAACCUGUGGAGAAAUACUAGUGUUCUUAUUCACAGCCAUGGUGUAUCAUGUUUGGAUAGAGAGAAACAACAGAAGAUUCCAAGGAAAAGCAGUAGAAGCCAGGCAGAAAAUAAAAGACAUAGUGCUGGAAUUGCACCUGGCUGGACAGAAUGAAAGGAAAUGGCAGAAAGAACUAACAAGGCUGAAGAAUUAUCCAAGUAUAGUAUAG